AUGAACUCAUUAACAUUGAUGGAAUUCUUUGAUAUUACAUCAAUCCAAAGUGAAAAUGAAAUGUAUCAAAUUAGAGUUAGAAUAAAAGAAGGGUGUAGAUGGAAAAAAGGAUACAAGUUAGUAUGUUGUGCAACAAAAAGGAAAAGUAAUUUAUAUUCGGCUAUAGUAAUAAUAAAUGAUAAUCAAACAGAAUACUUUUUUGAUAAAUUAUUGCCAAAUGGAAUUUAUGAUUUUCAUUUAUUAAAUAUGAAAGAUGAAAGGGUCAAUGACAUCAAAUCUAUUGAGCAUUUUGUUAUUGGGACUGAAAUUGAAAUCUUAACAGAAAUAGAUGAUGAAAAUGAUAUUUUAAUAAAAUUACAAGAACCUGCUACAAAAGAUGAUUUAUAUGGAGUUUAUGUUGUUGAGCAAGAAGAAAGUAAAGAAAAAUUUCUUAUUGGAAUGAAACAAUUGGAAGUUAUAGGAGAAGGUGUCAUUGAAAGAUACAUUACUAUUGAUAAAACUUUAUUAAAAAAAGGAAUUAAUUAUGAGGUUAGAGUAUUUAAAAGUAAUUAUAAAGUAAAAUGGUCUUGGAUUAAUAUUUUUAGUGAUGAAGCAUAUAUUUGUAGUGGUAUCUCAAAUACAUUUCAUUGUAAUUGA